CCAACUGUCUCCGCUUGUACUCAGACGGGAUUUCGGAACCAGCAGCACCGGUCGGAGAAUCACAGGAGCGAACCAAGGGUGGGUUUUGAUCGGAAAACAACACAAUUCGGUGGCGCCUACGUCAUCAAGUUGACCGAAGGAUCACUUUAUGCAGCAUUUCAGCAUGGUAGCGUUACAAUGAGGGUGGCGGGGGUGCUGGAGCCUAUCCCAGCUGACUUUGGGCGGAAGGCGGACAACACCCCGAACUGGUCGCCAGCCGGUCGCAGGGCACGCAUAGAGACGGAGGAGCAAUCACGUCCACGCAUUCACUGAGCAGGAAACGAGCCCACGCCGCCCGCGCAUAAGUCAGGUGGUCUUUCUGAAGAAGCCGGAGUGAACUAUGGCACAGUUCUCCGCCACUUUCACGGGUCCGGAUGUGUUCUUGAUCUCUGUGAAUGAGAGAGCCAAACAUGACCAACAGUUUCACAGCCUCUCUCCCACCGCGGGUGGAUACAUCACGGGGGAUCGGGCCAGGAACUUCUUCUUGCAGUCUGGACUGCCACCACCCAUCCUGGCCCAAAUCUGGGCCUUGGCCGACAUGAACAGUGACGGCCGCAUGGACAUCCACGAGUUCUCCAUCGCCAUGAAGCUCAUCAAGCUCAAACUCCAGGGCCACCCCCUUCCUCCCGCGUUACCCCCCAGUAUGAAACAGCCCCCGCUGUCUCUACCCGCCCAGGCCGGCUUCGGUAUGGCCGCCAUGGCGCCCAUCGCCACGGCUCUGCCGGGCGUGCCGCCUCUCCCGCUCCCUCCCCUACCUGUCGGGGUGUCGCCGCCUCUGGUCUCGGCGCCGCCGCCGACCCUCCCGCCCCCCAUGGCCAACGGAGCUCCUACCACGGGCUUGAUGCAACCCAUUUCAAGCUUCUCCCACCCAGCUUCUUCAAUCAACAAGGCCUCCUUCAACCGUUCCGGCACCAAAUUGCAAAAGGGUCCGUCGUUCGAUGCCAGCGGUGGUCAGCCCCCCGUCGACUGGGCCGUCCCUCAGUCAUCGAGGCUCAAAUACAGGCAGCUGUUUAACUCCCAUGACAAGAUGAUGAGCGGCCACCUGACUGGUCCGCAGGCGCGCACCAUCCUCAUGCAGUCCAGUCUUCCGCAGGGCCAGCUGGCCUCCAUAUGGAGCCUGUCGGAUAUCGACCAAGAUGGGAAGCUGACGGCGGAGGAGUUCAUCUUGGCCAUGCACCUCAUAGACAUGGCCAUGUCCGGCCUGCCUCUGCCCCCCGUGCUGCCACCAGAUUACAUCCCCCCGACUUUCAGGCGUGUGCGAAGCGACAGCGUGCAGUCGGACCAGAAGAGCGUCCCUGAGGAGCUCGAGGAGGAGGUGGAGAGCAACCAGGACAAGAAACUUCCAGUCACGUUUGAGGAUAAGAAGCGGGAGAACUUUGAGCGAGGGAACCUGGAGCUGGAGAAGCGACGUCAGGCCCUGCAGGAGCAGCAGAGGAAAGAACAGGAGAGGCUCGCGGCGCUGGAGAGAGAGGAGCAGGAGAGGAAGGAGCGCGAGAGGCUGGAGCAAGAGAGGAGGCGACAGCAGGAGUUGGAGAAGCAGCUUGAGAGGCAGAGGGAGCUGGAGAGGCAGCGAGAAGAGGAGAGACGUAAAGAAAUCGAGAGGAGGGAGGCCGCGAAGCGCGAGCUGGAGCGACAGAGGCAGCUGGAGUGGGAGCGGCAGCGCCGCCAGGAGCUUCUGACUCAGAGGAACCGAGAGCAGGAGAGCAUCGUUCUGCUCAAAGCCCGCAAGAAGACCCUGGAGUUUGAACUGGAGGCCCUGAACGACAAGAAGAGCCAGUUGGAGGGCAAACUGAAGGACGUGCGCUUCCGUCUGUCGGCUCAGCGCAGGGAAGUGGAGCAGACCAACCAGGCCCGGGAGACGCGCAUCGCCGAGAUCACCCUGUUGCAGCAGCAGCUGCAAGACUCCCAGCACUGGCUCGGGAGUCUCAUUCCCGACAAGCAGAGUCUCAACGACCAGCUCAAACAGGUUCAACAGAACAGCCUGCACCGCGACAGUCUUUCAUCGCUGCAGAAAGCCGUGGACCAGAAGGAGUCCAGCAGACAGCAGCUCAGAGAGCAGUUGGACACAGUGGAGAGGGAAACCCGGGCCAAGCUGCUCGAGAUUGAUGCGUUCAACACCCAGCUGAAGGAGCUGAGAGAGAUCCACAGCCGGCAGCAGAGACAGAAGCAGAAGGAGCUGGAAGGGGAGGCACACUCGAUGAGGCGUGCGCACACGCCCAUUGACAGGGAGUCUGCCGAGCUGCAAGAAAACAGGGUGUCCUCAGACAAAUCUCUGGCUUGGAGCAACGACGACGCAGGAAGUUCCUGCCUGAAGGCGCCGAGCCCCGCUUCCGCCUCGCACAGCUGGCUCAACCGAGUGACCCAGGAGGAAGAGGAGAGGAAAAGCCGAGGCCUGGGGGAGGACGCAGAGGGCCGCAAGACUGCCGCGUCCUUGGAGGAGAAGGAUGAGGACGCCCGGGGAAAGAAGGACACGCAGGAGAAACUCAAUAAGCUCUUCAGCCAGCCCACGGAUCCCUGGGCUUUGUCAGAAAAGACUCCCGUGGCGAGCCUCUUUGAGCAGAAGGCAGCAGGCAGCGGCUUCGAGCAGCAGCAGCAGCAGGCGCCGAAGGUGGUCUACUACAGAGCGCUCUACCCCUUUGAUGCUCGCAGCCACGAUGAGAUCAGCAUCACCCCCGGGGACGUCAUCAUGGUGAAGGGGGAAUGGGUGGACGAGUCUCAGACGGGUGAGCCCGGUUGGCUGGGUGGAGAGCUGAGGGGACGAACCGGGUGGUUCCCGGCCAAUUACGCAGAACGGAUACCGGACAGCGAAGCGCCCGUCAGCCUGCGGGCGCCCGCCUCCUCCACGCCGACUUCGGCCCAGCAGCCCGACAGCACGCCGCCGCCCGCGCCCGGGCAGACCUCAUCAUCCACGUCGUCCGCCAACAGUAACUGGGCCGACUUUAGCACCACCUGGCCAUCAAACAUGAGCAGCCAAAUGGAUAGCGAGGGAUGGGACGCAUGGCCCACCUCCUCGGCCGCUCAGAAUCCGUCCCUCAGCGUCCCGUCGGCUCAGCUGCGGCAGCGCUCGGCCUUCACGCCGGCCACCAUGACCACGGGCUCCUCGCCGUCUCCCGUCCUUGGCCAGGGGGAGAAGGUGGAGGGUCUGCAGGCUCAGGCCUUGUACCCCUGGAGAGCCAAAAAGGACAACCACCUCAACUUCAACAAAAAUGAGAUUAUAACGGUGCUGGAGCAGCAGGACAUGUGGUGGCUGGGAGAGCUCCAGAGUGGACAGAGAGGAUGGUUCCCCAAAAGCUACGUGAAGCUCAUCUCUGCCACCGCGCCGCCCCCACUUGCGCUCGCCGCGGCAGCUCCGACGGCAGCCCCAAUCGCAGCGCCGGUCGUUUCCUCGGCACGUGGCAAAAACACAAGUGAAUGUGUGGUGUCAGAGAGUCCCCCAAACGGAAAGCGCCCUUCACCCGCCCCGUGCAAGCCCUCGGAGUCAGGAGAAGAGUACGUGGCCAUGUACACGUAUGAGAGCAGCGAGCAGGGCGACCUGAGUUUCCAGCAAGGAGACGUCGUCGUGGUGUCCAGGAAGGAAGGCGACUGGUGGACCGGCACGGUGGCUGGCAAGACCGGGGUCUUCCCCUCCAACUACGUCAAGCCGCGAGAUGCCUCAUCAGAGUCUUUGGGAGCAGCAGGAAAAACGGGAAGCCUUGGCAAGAAACCAGAGAUCGCCCAGGUGAUCGCCCCCUACUGCGCAACGGGAGCGGAACAGCUAACGUUAGCGCCAGGCCAGUUGAUCCUCAUCCGGAAGAAGAACCCGGGUGGCUGGUGGGAGGGCGAGCUUCAGGCACGGGGGAAAAAGCGGCAAAUCGGAUGGUUUCCAGCCAAUUAUGUCAAGCUGCUCAGCCCCAGCACUAGCAAGACCACGCCCACCGAGCCCACGCCGCCAAAACUGGUCCCUGCCAACACUGCCGUGUGCCAGGUGAUCGGCAUGUACGACUACGUGGCGCAGAACGACGACGAGCUGGCCUUCCAGAAGGGUCAGGUGAUCACCGUGCUCAACAAGGACGACUGCGAUUGGUGGAAAGGGGAGUUGAACGGUCGCGAGGGUCUCUUUCCCAGCAACUACGUCAAGCUCACCACCGACACGGACCCCAGCACACAGUGGUGUGCUGAUCUGCACCUGCUGGACAUGCUGAGUCCCAUGGAGAGGAAACGUCAAGGCUACAUCCACGAGCUCAUCGUCACCGAGGAGAAUUACGUCAACGACCUGCAACUCGUCACUGAGAUCUUCCACAAGCCUUUGCUGGAAUGCGAGCUGCUGAGCGAGAAGGAGGUGGCCAUGAUCUUCGUCAACUGGAAGGAGCUCAUCAUGUGCAACAUCAAGCUGCUCAAAGCGCUGAGGGUGAGGAAGAAGAUGUCGGGAGACCGCAUGCCCGUCAAGAUGAUCGGCGACAUCCUGACUAAUCAGCUGCCGCACAUGCAGCCGUACAUUAGGUUCUGCUCGUGCCAACUGAACGGAGCCACCCUGAUUCAGCAGAAAACCGACGACAACCCUGAAAUCAAAGACUUCCUCAAGAGGUUAGCCAUGGACCCUCGCUGUAAGGGCAUGCCGCUCUCCAGCUUCCUGCUCAAGCCCAUGCAAAGAGUCACUCGCUACCCGCUCAUCAUCAAGAACAUCCUGGAAAACACUCCCGAAUCGCAUCCGGACCACAAUCACCUGAAAGCUGCUCUGGAAAAGGCGGAGGAGUUGUGCUCACAGGUGAACGAAGGCGUGAGGGAGAAGGAGAACUCAGAUCGUCUGGAGUGGAUCCAAGCUCACGUUCAGUGCGAAGGCCUGUCCGAGCAACUGGUGUUCAACUCGGUGACCAACUGUUUGGGUCCCCGCAAGUUCCUCCACAGCGGCAAACUCUUCAAAGCCAAAAGCAGCAAGGAGCUCUACGGCUUCCUCUUCAACGACUUCCUGCUGCUGACGCAGGUCACCAAACCCCUGGGCUCGUCCGGGUCCGACAAAGUCUUCUCGGCCAAAACACACCUGCAGUACCGCAUGUACAAGACGCCCAUCUUCCUGAACGAGGUUCUGGUGAAACUGCCGACGGACCCGUCGGGAGAUGAGCCGCUCUUUCACAUCUCUCACAUCGACAGAGUUUACACCCUCAGGGCCGAGAGCAUCAACGAGCGGACAGCGUGGGUCCAGAAAAUCAAGGCGGCUUCCGAACUCUUCAUCGAAACCGAGAAGAAGAAGAGAGAAAAAGCCUAUCUGGUGCGUUCCCAGAGGGCGACGGGAAUCGGCAGGCUGAUGGUCAACAUCGUGGAGGGAAUCGAACUCAAGCCCUGUCGCUCGCACGGAAAAAGCAACCCUUACUGUGAGGUCACCAUGGGCUCGCAGUGCCACAUCACCAAAACUCUGCAGGACACGCUGAAUCCCAAGUGGAACUCCAACUGCCAGUUUUUCAUCAAGGACCUGGAGCAGGAUGUCCUGUGCGUGACCGUCUUUGAACGGGACCAGUUCUCGCCAGACGACUUCUUGGGCAGGACAGAGAUCCGAUUGGCCGAGAUCAAGAAGGACCAGGGCUCCAAGGGACCAAUCACCAAGCGUUUGCUGCUCCAUGAAGUUCCCACUGGCGAGAUCGUGGUUAGGCUGGAUCUCCAGCUCUUCGAGGAGCCCUGAAAGCGCGCAUCUGGAUGGUUAUUAGCAGGAAGGACUGGACACAACUGGACCUAGGUCUGGCUCGGAGACGCAAGAGAGACACAGAGACUUUAUUCUUAAUCCUAUUUAUUGACCGAGCAGUAGAAGAAGUUGACUCGUCAGCUGGUAAGUUGGACCACGAGGCAGCUCGCUUGCAAAACUUCGCGUCAAAACUUGCCGGUCAGAACUCAAGUGAACUCCACAAUGUGACGUAAAGACUUUUUUUUGCCGCUGUUUUCAGAAGAAAAGCUGAUCUCCGAAAGUGUUAGCUCGUUGCUAACAGCUAAUCCAAACUGACAUUCGAUUGAACCGUUUCUUCCCUCUGAUGCCCAAUCCAGUGACAAUCUUGUGUGUGUGUGUGUGUGUGUGUGUGUGUGUGUGUGUGUGUGUGUGUUUUCAGUCUCCAAGCUUAACAGAAGAUGCUAACAGCACUAAUUAGUUAGCAGCGUUAGAAGUCCAGUGUUGAGUAUUUAUCAUUUUUGUACCCAUGAAGAUGGUUAACUUGCUGUUUUUUUUCCCUUAUUUUGUACCGAUGAAAAUUUACUUUUUUGUCAUCC